AUGGAGAACACUACAUAUCAUUCACACGGCGAGGCAUCUCGGCCGUCCCUCGGCUUCCCUCUCGGCACAGCCCUUCUCUUGAUUAUCAUUUUUAGCUUGAGUGGCAUCUUCUCAUGCUGCUAUCACUGGGAAAAACUCCGCUCCUUUCGGCGCUCUUUCUCUGCUCUCGGGGCAAAUGAUGAUCAAGGCCACUCCAAACUUAAAAUCACCCACAUGAGUUCAAAGGAGAAGCAGAAUGAGAUUUUGCCAGUUAUGAUGCCUGGUGAUAAUUUUCCCAAGUUCGUAGCAUUACCAUGUCCAUGUCGGCCGCCUACACAUAAUAGAUUUAUCUUUGAGAUUCAAAAGCCGCCUCCAAUAGCUGUGCCUUUGUUUUAA